ACAACAAAAAAUAACUCACUCUACUUUAGUCGCUCCUAGCUGCAAGUUCUUCUACUUCAUCCGUACUAGUGAUUUAGUUGUAUUUAAUAAAGUUUUUGCUAAGUUAAGUUUGAUUGCAGUGACAAUUUUGUUCAAGCGGAACCUAAGCUGACGAAACAAGUGUGACGAGCAGCGUCGUUAUUCGCAAACAAACAGGUUCAAACCCAAACCUAAUCCCAUCCCGUCCGCGACCCCGCCCUGGAAGGCCUGGCCCGUACAGUGGCUCUUGAUAAGGCGCACGGAGCACGCUUCAGCAGCACAUGUGCUCCAGUGAUCUCAGCUUAGAUCGAUGAUCGGCCAAGCUGCUGAUAGAAACAGAAAGCAGAAGCAGUCAAUAAUCAAAACAAGAUCACCCUUCCCACCCCCUUUCUCCAGAGUCGAAAAAGGAUGAUGCAAAUGGCAACUUUGACCCUUGAGAAGGCCCUCGUGACGCCAAUGGGAUCGGUCACGAUCACAACGGCAAGACUGAUUGAAGCUAAAUUGAGGAGGUUGCCGCGCGGAACGAUUAGUUGUAAACAGGAGCUGCAAGUGAACGGAACUAGCACAAACGCGCUGUUAAGUCAAAUUAGAAUCAGUGAACCACAGUUAGAGGAUACCAGUUGGAGAGGAUACUUAAGGAAACGGAAGUUGCUCGGUACAAUUAGUGUUGAAGAACGCGGGGAAAGUCGAGUCAGAAUGGUGCACACCAAAAAGAGCAGCAUCGAGAAUGGAAGUGGACAUAUUUUAGCAUUUGAUAAGCACUACCGUACUGACACCAAAGACAGUUUGAACACGAUGGCCAAGCUGAUCGAUGGCAAGCAGAUUUCCGCCGACAUCCGGGCCGAGCUGCACGAGCAGAUCGAACAGUGGAUGGCCAAAGGAAACCGCGCCCCUCAGCUAACGGCCAUCCUGAUCGGGGAUGAUCCGGCAAGUAACACGUACGUGUCGAACAAGAUGAAGGCCGCGGCGGACGUCGGCAUCAACAGCAAAACUGAGCGCUACGGGGCGGACAUUACGGAGGAGGAUUUGCUGGCGCGGAUUGAGGCGCUGAAUCAGGACGAUUCCGUGGACGGGAUUUUGGUGCAGCUGCCGGUGCCGGGACACAUUAACGAGCGCAAGGUGUGCAACUCGGUGUCCUGCGACAAGGACGUGGACGGUUUCAACGAGCGGAACGUCGGUCGGCUCUGUCUGGACAUGAACACGCUGAUUCCGUGCACUCCGUUGGGCGUCCAGGAGCUGAUCAAGCGCUGUCAGAUUGAAACGUUCGGCAAGAAUGCCGUCGUCGUGGGUCGCUCGAAGAACGUGGGCAUGCCGAUUGCGAUGUUGCUGCACGCGGAUGGACGGAACGACACGUGCGCGAUGGAUGCCACCGUUACGAUUUGCCACAGGUUCACGCCGCCGGAGGAGUUGGCGCGGUUCUGCCGGUCGGCGGAUAUUAUCGUGACGGCGACGGGCGUGCCCGGGUUGAUCCGCGGGGACAUGAUCAAGGAGGGGGCGGCUGUGAUUGAUGUGGGAAUCACGCGCGUUACGGAUCCGGCCACCGGGAAGACGAAACUGGUGGGGGAUGUUGACUUCGAAGAGGCCCGCAAGGUUGCUGGACACAUCACGCCGGUGCCGGGCGGCGUCGGCCCGAUGACGGUGGCGAUGCUCAUGAAGAACACCUUCAUCGCGGCCAAGAACCUGGCCAGCAAGAAAGUGCAAAACUGAAGCCGUAGUGAAGCUAACUAGAUAGAGAGUGAGAUGAUUAAUAUAACACGGCAUUUAUAAGGCAGUAUUUUUUCUGGGGGGAAUGUUAAGUUUUACCUAGCGAGCAAAGAGUAGAGCUAGGCCGUAGCUUAGCCGCAAUUGAACUUUUACUGAAAUAUAAGAAGCGUGACAAAUUA